UCCUUUUCCUCGGUCGAUGAAUGAUCAUAUUCAUUCGUUGCUUAUUCGUUUCGGUAUCAUGUAUUCGUUAAGCGAAAUUUUGUGUUGCGCGACGAACAACUCGUGGAAUUUGUAAUAUAAUUGUUGAUGUAUUGUAUGUUAGCGUUUAACGAGACUUCAUAGAAAUGGUGAAUAUAGACACGAUACAAAAGAAUUAUCCGCUGCAUUGGCUCGUGUGGAAUAACUAUUAUGUAGAACUCGAGGAGGAACUAGCAACAAAACUGAAUGAUAUUGAGAAAGUUGAUAAUAGAGGUAGAACACCAUUGAUGCUAGCAGUAACUUUGAGCCAUAUUGAAUCUGUUGGAGUAUUAUUGCAACAUGAAGCAAAUGUUAAUACGGAGAACACUCAAGGAUGGACUGUGGUUCAAGAGGCAGUUGGCACAGGAAAUCCUGAGCUCAUACAGAUGGUGCUAGCACAUAGGGAUUAUCAAAGAUACUGCAAUCGGGUAGCUGGUAUUCCAGAGUUGCUCCAUAAACUUAAACAAGCCCCUGACUUCUACGUAGAAAUGAAAUGGGAAUUUACAAGUUGGGUUCCUCUUGCCUCUAGAAUAUGUCCUAGUGACACUUACAAGGUAUACAAACAGGGCAGCAAUGUGCGAAUUGAUACAACGUUGUUAGGAUUUGAUCACACGAAGUGGCAACGUGGGAAUCGUAGCUACGUUUUUAAAGGACAAACUGCAUCACAAGUACCAGUGGCAAUUAGGUGUGAACGGAGUUAUGUAUUCAGUAUGGUGGGACAUGAGACAGAUGAUGGGGCAACGAUGAUGGAGGUAGAUCAUAAAACGAGAAAAGUAUACGUUGAACACAUUAAGCUAGUAGAUAUUGACGAUAUGCAAUUAAUGGAACCCUCUGAGGAAGGUGUGUUAGCUCGGUUGUCAAAUCCGAUAGUUACUACGUAUAUAGAUACAGAUAAAAUUAGUUUCGAACGCAACAAAGCUGGUUUAUGGGGAUGGCGUUCUGACAAAAGUGAAAUAGUUAAUGGACAUGAGUGUAAGGUGUUUAGUGCAUGUAACGUAGAAUUAAUAACGAAAACUCGAUUAGAACAUUUAUCCGAGCCUGACAAAGCACGGGCUCGUGCUCCUCGUACACCUCUUCAAUCGUUUCUCGGGAUGGCGGAACAGCAGCAAGAAAACAGUAAUAGCGCAACUACUAGUGAAGAAUAUAGCAAUACUGGGAAUCCUUCUAACAUAACUGCGGAGGAAUAUUUCGAUCCAGACAUUGAUUUGAAUGGAAGGGACAUUGGUAGGCCGAAAGAAGUAAAUACGAAAAUUCAAAAAUUUAAGGCAACUUUGUGGCUUAGUGAACAGUAUCCUUUAAGUCUUCAAGAACAAAUUAUGCCGAUCGUCGAUCUUAUGGCGAUAUCUAGCUCACAUUUUGCAAAAUUGAAAGAUUUUAUUCAAAUGCAGUUACCAGCUGGGUUUCCUGUCAAAAUCGAAAUUCCUUUGUUUCACAUAUUAAACGCCAGGAUAACAUUUGGAAAUAUAUUUGGCAUGGAUCAGCAAAUCCCCCACGUAGGGCAUUUGGAAGAAACUAAUAGAAUAACUUGUUUAGUUGAUGACGUAUGUUUCGAAGCACCAGUAGGAUACGUGAAACUAGCAGGAGCUGAAGUUCGAACACAAUUCAGUAUGGAGGAAGAGGACGAUCUGUUGCAAUUUGCCAUACAACAAAGCUUGUUGGAAGUUGGAAGUGAACGCGAUGAGGUUGAUAUAUGGGAGGCUUUAAGAGCACAAAAACCAUCUCGACCCACGACGCCUAAUAUGACAACAGAGGAGGAAAGGCAGCUACAAAGAGCUAUUCAAGCGAGCCUAGCGCUAUGCCAGGACGGUACUGCAGGAUGUGCGAGCAGUCGGAAUAAUUUGGACAAAGGAAACGAGGCAGAGGAUUCGGACACGCUCGAAGAUACUGCGGAACAAUUACGACUGGCAUUAAGAUUAUCGGAAUUACAGCAAUUGGAGGAGGAACAGCGACGAAUGCUGGAGGAAGAAACGUUUCGACAAGUGCUAGAGUUAUCUCUCACAGACAAGUGAACUUCUAUGAAACGUGCAAUAGCCGCUGAAUUAAAUGAUUCUGUCAAAAUACACUUCCACGACUACGUGAAAUCUUCCGGCUACGCGCGCACCGCGUAGCUGUCAAGCGCGAGAUCAUUUCCUACGAUUCAUAAAAUACAUUAGGAAGUAAACUUUUUGUUUAUAACAAACAACAGACAUUUGUUAUUACAAUAAUAUAUGAUUAUGAAGUACAGGUCAAAUGGUGGAAAUAAUAUAGCGAUAGCUAUGAAAGUAAAUGAUUUAAAUUAUGUUAUUUAUUUCUUAGCUACAUUUUAUAUGAAUGAAAAGGGAUAGAGAAGAGUACGGGGUAUAUAAUGGUGAAAAUAUAUACGUAAUACUCAAAGAAGUCUUGAAAAUUACAAUUGCUCUGUGAGAGAGGUCGGAAAAAUUUUUUUAGUUUCAGUUACAAAUUGCAUUCGAAUCGAAUGAUAUGUAAUGAACUGAAAGUAGGGAAACAAUCUUGUUGAAAGUACGUACUGUAAGUUACGACUGUCAAUAUUCCAAAAUAAAAAAAGCUUGUAAUUCUCAAGCCUUCGACGGCCACACGUUUUGUCCUUUCUCCUAGUGAUUAGAAUCACAUCUCCAAGAAAAUUCUAGCAUCAAGAUCCAUGGAUAUAUGUGUACAAGUACGUGUUGGAUUAAUAUUUUAAUUAAUGUUCUAUGUAACAACAACAAUCUAUUAAAGAAAAACUGCCUCUCUUCAAUGUUCAGGCAAUUAAAACUA